AUGACUUCCAAAACCCUUCUUCUCCGGGGCGGUGUCGCUCUCAUUCACGAUGCAAACAACCACGUCGUUCCCACCAAAUCCGAUGUUCUUGUCGAAGACGGCAAGAUCAUAAGAAUCGCGCAUGAUAUCAAACCAUCUGAGGCAACCGAGACUAUCGACUGCACUGACAAGAUAAUCAGCCCAGGCUUCAUCGAUACACAUCGUCAUGCUUGGCAAACGCAGCUCAAAGGCAGGCAUGCCAACGAACAGCUGCUGGACUACAUGGUGACUGGCAACUCGCAGUCUUUCCAAUACUCGCCCGAAGAUGUCUUCUACGGCCAGCUCGCCAGUUUACUGGAAAGCAUUGCAGCUGGCACAACCACGAUAGUUGAGCACGCACAUAUCACCCGCUCACCCGAACACGCCAAAGCUGCCAUCGCAGGUACUGCAUCUUCCGGCAUGCGCUCGGUGUUCUGCUACACUCCAAUCUCGCUUGUCAAGCAGUUCAACCCCCUCACCUGGAAUCCAAAUCUUCUCGAAGACUGGGUUAUGAACACCUUCGAAGAACUCGCCGAUAAAGGACCUUUCGGAGACGGCAGGGUAACGCUGGGUUUCGCUUUCGACUUUUGGUUUCUGCCUGCAGAUAUGAUCAAAGGCAUAUUCGCCAGGGUGAAUGCCAAAGGCGUCAAGACGAUUACCACACAUGGCUCUGUAUCGCUAGGAGGUAGUGUGAUACAAGCAGCGUCGGAAAAUGGUCUACUAGAUGAGAAGAUCAUCGUUUCGCACGGUGGUACGAUUGUCAAGGCUGACGCUGAGCUUUUGAAGGCCGCUGGUGCAUUCGUGAGUUCGACCCCGAGUUCAGAACUCCAAAUGGCCAUGGGGCGAUCCUACUGCUUCGACGCCUCGUUCCCGGAUGGAGGCGUAAGCGGAGAUUCGAUCGGACUGCAGGAAAAUGCCGCGCUCGGUGUUGAUUGCCAUUCCGCCACGGCCGGCUCCAUCAUCGCUGAAGCAAAACUCGGCCUCGGUAAUGCGCGAAACCACUACAACGAACACAUUAUGAAACAAGACAAGAUUCCACGAGCUCUUCCGGAGAGCCUCAGCGUCGAGGCCGCCUUCAAUCUUGCAACGAUCAAGGGUGCAGAGGCUGCGAACACGAGCAGCGAGAUUGGGCGUAUCGCGGAGGGGUACAAGGCAGAUCUGGUCAUCUUCGAUGCUCUGAGUCCUAGCAUGGUCGGCGCUGCACAACACGACCCAGUCGCCGCCAUCAUCCUACACUCCAGUCCAGCUGAUAUCGAGACUGUCAUUGUCGAUGGUAUCGUAAGGAAGAAAGAUGGGAAGCUACUGCCAGUGCAUGUAGACAGCGGCGCGAAAGAGAUGAUUGGUCAUGAUACUCUCGACUGGCCCAGUAUUGCCAAAGAGAUUGUCUUAGGCAGGGAGAAAAUGCAGAAGGAGAUUGACAAGAUCGACUUCGACGAAGCAUACGAGGCAAUACUCAAGAUGUUUCAUGUUGACAAGACGAAGUUGGUAGAUUGA